AUGGGGAGUAGAUUAUUUUUUCUUGGACGUUGUUUAACAGAAGCUUUGAAUUCUCAACGAGUAGUAGUUCUAUCCAAUGAGCUUUUGAGUACCCAUGAUAUGCUAAGUCCAUUUAAAUCCUGGAGCAACUGUAGCCUCAAAGAUGUGCAAUCAAAGGAGAAAAAAUCGAGGAUAAGGUAUUACUAUCCGAUGGAUUCUAUUAGCUUGAAAAAAACGAAUGAUAUGCCUGCGGUGGGUGCAUUGUAUCCGAGAGCCUUUGCAAGUAGGGGGUACUGGUGGUGGAAAUCACAAGAAAUUACGUAUGCUCUCCGGCCUAAAAGUCCGACACUAGAAACUCUAAAGGAUAACUUUGGCAAAAGCAUAGAAGAUAUGAUAGUUUUUCAAGUUAGACGUACAGAUAAAACGCAAGGCUGUUCAUCUAUUUACGGUAAGAAAAGUGCUAUCAGGUGUAAAGCAGAAGCAAGCGCUCCAAAAAUUGUAAAUUAUAUUGAAGCUUUGGAUUUUUUUAAAAGAAACUAUUCAACACCAAUCCUUGUGGUGACAGAUGAUGCUCAUAUUAUGGAAGAAAUUUCACAGCUCAAAGAAAAUGAAUAUGUAUUUCUACAUCCUGAGCCUGCUCCCAAAAGAAUUCCUGAUAAGGAUGGGAAGGGUGGAAUUUACAAGCAUAGGUCAAUGAAGGAUGCAAUAGACAUUCUUAGUAUGUCCUAUGGGAAUCCCUUAAUAUUUACUUACAGUAGUGGUUUUGGUGCUUUAGCCCUUCAAAUUAAACAGGCACGAGAAAAUUUCUGUAGCGAUUGGAGCAGUCUAGACUGGGGAAAGCGUGAGUGGCCUCCGAUUGGAACAAUCACUGAAGGUGGUGUAAGAGGUGUAAAAAGAAAUACGCUACUAGUAAGUAAAAUUUGCAGAGUUGUAGAUUUGACAAUACAUUCUACUGAUAGUGAUACCAGUUAUUGCUCUGUGAUUCUAAAGAAGUCUGCAAGAAAAGUGGCUGGAGCUGGAGCUGCAAUUUUCACGUUUUGUAACUGCAAGAUUUGA